UUCCGUGAAUGUUAACUAAUAGAGCUGUUUUAGCCAUACAGUGUGCAUCUUGUGAAACGAUUGUCUGAAAUGUUUUAGGGUACGUGUGGCAUGAAAAGAGCUUUAUUGUUUUCAUAACUAAGAACUAUAAUAUAUUUUGCAAAACGAUUGUUGGUAAAAUCAAUCGUGCUUAAGAUCAUGAGUUCUAUAUUCAUUCAACCUUUCUAACAAUAGUUUAUUUUUCAAACGCUUGUCAGAAAUGUCUAUGAUCACGGGUACCUUUUAUGGAGCCGUUUUAAAUGUAUGGUAUAUUUCAAAAAAAAUGCCUGUAAAUGUCUAUAAUCACUGGUACAAUUCCUCUUUCCGCGUUUUGAUUGGUCCGUUUUUCGAAGCGUCUACAAGUCAAACCUGAUGCUUUAAACCUGACGCAAUACGCUAGUCAUCUUUAUUUGGGCGCUAAUACUCGCAAUGGCUGCAGCUCCGCUACUUUUGUUUUCUUUCCUAAUAAUCCUCGGGCACGAAGUUCAUCCGUCUCAUCCCGCGAGCGUUAAGUCCGCCUUGACGGCCAACUUAGAAUGUCAUAGUGUACCAGAUAUUCAAAUUACAGUUAAAGUUGUUGCUCAAAACGAAGAAACAACCCAGGUCAACAUUCAAACCGCGCAAGGAAAGACAAAUUACGAGGCUGAAUUACCUACUACAGGUGAUUUAGGAGAAAGUACUGCGUUCAAAUAUCAGUUCGAACAGUCCGCUCUAAAGGAAGUGACACUUACCUCAAGCUCCGACUAUAUUUGUGUUAACGCUCUUGUUGUCAACACAGCUGUAGUCGUGGACCAGCCGACGGAUUUCAAGACAAUAUGCCCCACAGAUACGGACAGUGUUAUUCCAGAUCGUCCUUGCAAACUACUUGGAACCCCUAUAGAUAUGUCAAGUCUUUUCAUCUGCCCCCAGAGAGUAAAGGAUCUGCUAACUAAAAAGUCGAUGAUUUCAGAAACGCCUAGAACAGAACCAAAACGUGGCGAACCCCCCGUGUACGACAUCACCGGGGAUAUGGCCGGAGCAUCGUUGGCAAUUGCUACUGGGAUUGUUGAAUUCGGAGGCGCCAUCACCGAGGCGAGACAAAACUAUAGAGCUGGAAAAAAUGUUAAACCUUUUCAAAAACUUUCUAAACUUGGGUCAACCCUCGAAACAGCCGCAUCGUUUAUCAGCACUCUUGGCCCCGUCUUUGGCAUCUUCGGCGGAUUGGCGUCCAUUUUAACAACGUUUCUUACCCCGAACCCUUUUGACGAGCUUGCUAAGUACUUGGAUGACCAGUUCAAACAGGUAAACGAUCAGCUUUUCUAUAUACAGGCCGAUAUCGCGGAUUUGGGACGUCUCAUCGAGGCCAAGAGCGGAGUCCUGGGAGUGACGGCGCAAAUAAGAGCUCUCCGGUACUCCACCAGAAAAUAUGGUAUCAUGAUGAAUGCAUUGUCGACAAGACCAGUCUGUGGGGACAAAGAAUCAUUUGAAAUGAAGGAAGUGGCGGAAUUCAUGAGACAGUAUGAAGCAGAUGACGUGGACAACUGCCUCUUGGAUCUUUACGGCGUUGAGUUUGGUGAACUGGCUGAGACAACUUCUCUUUUAAGACCAUAUAUGGUAGCUUAUUGUCACAACAAACCGCAUCUUGUGCAGAAGUUGGUUGAUGAAUUGCUCUACUACGCGUACGCUGGUCUACAAUCCCACUUCACGUAUUACAGUCUUAAAGCUUCAUAUAAAGGAGGUGAGUUUAAAAUCGACAAUGCUUGGCUGGAGAAACUCUACACGUUUGCGAAGAAAGUGAGUGUUUUCAAGGAAGCUUUGAAGAGACCAAUGACAGACACUGUGCAGACCAACGCACUCCAGAUUGAUUUGGAGGAGGAAAUUCUGAUACACGUGAAACGGGAUGAGCGUACAAUUAUCAAUUGGCUAAAACGUAGAAUCAUCGGCGAGAACGAUUGGCCUUACCGAUGUUUAAUGAAGGACGCCAACGGGGAGGAUAAGAGAGCUUCGCUGCUUAUUUUGUAUUUUAAAGUUACAAGUCUCACUCGCUACGUGAACGCCAUUAUAUCACCCUCGCGGGCGCCUGAGGACGUUACUAUAUCUUCGAGAAAUAUUUAUUUCAGAGCAUUAAGAGAGACGCCAGUCAAGCAAAGCUUUACUGAUCCCUGUGAUCGCAAACGCCACAACGUUAUUUAUGUCCUUUACUGUCCUGAUGUGUCAACAUGCGGAAUUGGAAAGCCUAUAGUCGUAGCCUGGAUCAAGGCUAUUAUCUGCGUUUUGCAAAGACAUCCAAACAACCCGGCAAAUGAAAUCGGCGUGACAAGACAUUCAGUGUAUCUCCCAAAAGAGUGGCUGGACUCUGCAGAUCGUUUCUGACUUCAUUCAUGUAAAUUUUAAGGAAAUAAUGUUAGUGGUGUUGUUUUGUUUAUUGUUUGUACUUGCAUGUCCCUGCGUCAUUAGGAUUGCAUGGGAGUCUUAUGUAGAUUGCUGUCGCCUUGCCCGCGAGAAAUAAACUGAAAAUCGUUGGAUAUCAAACCUGGAAAGAACCAUAAGAGGAAAGAAACGCAAACUUAUUAGUCCUAGAAGACAAUUUACAUUAAUUGUCUAUCUAAUUAAUUUAUUGUUAUUGUAAACUUUG